AAAACUGUGGUAAGAAUUGAAGGGCAAAGCUACCUAAAGAAGGCAGAGAUGUCUGACUAGUCUCCGCCGGAAUACGGAAAACCUUGACGUCAUCCACAGCCUAUUCUUCGUGUUUAUAUCGACUUUCUUCAGUAACCUGCUUCCGCGGUUUAUCUGGAAUUUCUCCGGCAGUUAACGCCUGUGCUAUCGCAAUGGACGUAUGAAAGAGAUGUAGGGCUGCCGGGCGUUAUGGUGAUUGUGUUCAUAUUUCCGUGGUGAUGCUGGAUAAUGCAGUGCAUACAGUUUGGUUGUGGUUUGACCAAAUGAUUCACAGUAGAGUUCAUACAGCAUAUACCUUAGAAAGAGAUUGUGCUUGGACAUAUACUAACCUCUGAAGACAUUAGAGAAUGACCAUGCUACACUUCUCGAGCAUACAGAGCUUGUGAUUUCUUGUGAUUAUCCCCAUAUAUCUUACAGUCAUGGAUUCUGGGUUUUGAUGAUUGAAGACAUUCCGCUGACCAUUUUACGUCGUGCUUGAACAGCGAGUGUUCUUAGAUGAAAACGCCCAUAGAUAAAUAACGCUACAUGGCCGGCAGGUUACGUUUGGAACAGCCACUUGUACGUUAUUAACACGCACGUGUAUUUCCUCAUCGUGUAGUACACGGCAGAGAGGCUAUGCCAAACCACAAGCUGCCGUGUUAUGUCUCUGACGCACAUCAAUAACAUCUCCUCCAUACGUCGACAUUUUAAUCCAGUGAAGGCUAUAUGCCAAUGUAUAUAUGCGUACAGUACCUAUGUCUAUUCAGUGUAGCAGUGUGAUGUCUACAGCUGUGCAAUGAAAGCAUUUUGAGUAUUGUUAAUCAGUCGUGCGGAGUUGCAUGUCGGUUAACACGGCAUACAGGAGCCUAAACCCGGGAUUUACUACUCUUACGCUGACGACAUAUGUGUAUUAACGGUCUGAUCAUUAUAUGAGUAUGCGAGCAGGAAUUGUCCAUGAGUAGAAUGAGCUCCACCACGCCGAAAAGGGUUUCCUUUGGAAACAAGGAAACGUUGAUCAUAGAAGAAACUGUAAUGAAAAACAAUGUGCCAGAAAUGACUUCAAAAGACGCUCCUGCCUCGGAAGUCACAGAAACGCCGGCAAGCACCGGCUCGUCUUCAACUUCUGGUAAAGUUGAGCCUACGGUGACAAAGUCCGGUGCAAUAACGGUGCUGGUCACCGAUGUUAAUCAUACUGCUUCUAAUAUUGGGCCUGCGCUUUUACGGAGACAACCGAGUACGGAAAGCAGAGACAAUCCUUUCAUACCCGAUGGUGAACUGAGUAAAGAAACAGACGAACUCCUGAAGCGAGCAACAAUUGUCCGGGAUAAGUUUUACCUUGAUCAACAAGAGAGGAAGGCGAAAGGAUUAGACUCAACAGAUAAUGUGAAUGUGGAGAAAUCACCCGUGCAAGAAAGUGUUGUUGCACCGGUUUCUGCACAACCAGCUCAUGCGCAUGCGAAGAGCUCUCAGCCAGCAUGUGCCGAGGUCAAACCUAGAAUGAGAGAAAACGGCAGAGUUGAAGACUCUGUUUCACCAGAAGGGAUAAAGGCGGAUAUAGACAAAGGAGCUGCAGAACCCGUUGUGGAUGGGUCUAAAACUCCUGCUGAGUCCCCUGGAGAUAAUGGAAAGGAAAAGAAAAAGCAGAAAAAGUGUUGCAGCAUAAUGUAGCCAAGACAAAAUUUUAGUAUCACGGUUUACAUUUUGUCUGAAGUACUACUCUUUGCCAAGCUUGAUGCUUUUAAGUCACGGAAUUCUCGGUGGAUGCGCGUUAAGGUGGAUUUAUUCUCACUUAUGUCAUUGAUUUGUGUCAGACGUGUCGAGUUAGCAACUCUCUUGUGUAAAGUGAGGCGCAGCUGAUGCCCCGGACUGGCCACACAAGCUGUGACCAACAGAAGAGCUGUCAAUGGCGGGGACCCGUGAAAUGUGGGUUUAAAUCUAGCAAUGUGGAUUUUGGCUUGCUAGAUAUUUAUGCUUAUGUCGCAUUUAUGUAAAAAAGAAAAUGCAGUCUUGUGCUAUGUUUUUGGACAAUCCUGCCAUUACGUCAAUAACCUGGGUCUCUAUGUAGGCCCAAUAGGAUAAAUAGGAAAGAAGUGAAUUGUUUUAUUUCAAGCAACUACUGACGGCAGUAAAACUGUCGAGAUUUCCUCUUGAGCAGCAAUUUCUCCAAGUCAGGAUGACAUAACGUUUGGCCAGUGUUUGACAACUUAAAGCCAUCUAUGCACUUUUGUCCUCAGUGGAGCUCCUAAAAUGAAAUGUUAUGAUCUGGAUAGCAAUCCUGGUGAAAGGAUUAUUAUAGCUGACGACAUAGUUAUUAUGUUUACUGCAAGCUGUGCUUACAUCACAGUUAUGUGUGUUCGUUGUUUUCAGUAGUAGAUCAUGGUAAGGAGUUAUCUCUCAGACGACUUUGUUCGUGUGUCUAGAUGUCUAAGAUGCUUGUGCUCACAACGAGAUGUGGAGAAUGUGAAAUGGAGGUAGGCCUACACGUGAAUAAAGACGAUUGUUUAUUUUGGAGGCAACGGUCCGGCAUUUAGAACUCUUAGUGAAAUGAUGAUGGAUGCCAGGGUUUCAACUUUUCACCAGAAGUUACUUAUUUUACGCUUACUAUGAACCACAUUCAAGUAGGAUAAAGUGCCGCUCUUUGCGGACCUUUGUGAAAGUGGCCGCCGGGCACUACAGUAAAGCCUGCGGGGCGUUUUCUGCUUGCCUGCUUGACUUCCUUACUGCCUUCUCUUUUGCACCUCUAAUAACUUCUUGUACUCCGUUGUUGAUACCUACCCCCUCAAACUUUAGUUCUAAAGAAAAAAAAAACUCAUGUAAUUGUAUGCUGUUAACACUGUUGAAGAAGACUAAGAUUACCAUUCAGUGGGACUCUCAUAUCUUGCCACCUCACAUCCGUGACUGCAAUCCGGCCAAACCAUUUAAAGUGUUCUGAUUACACACAGUUAUCAAAAACAGAAUGUAGGUUCAAAUCCCCUAUUUCCCAAAAUUGCGAAAAAUUUUUGCUGGCCGUUUUGAAUUCCCAAAGCCUAAUUGGGCUUCCUGCGAGGCAAGUCUAUCAACAUAUCGGAUGUUCUGCCAUCAGGCCUACAAAGGUUUAAGACUUCGCUAGGCCACCCUUAACGUUAUAAUACUUCUUUGUUUAUUUC